AUGUUUCUCUUUCUCACCCUUUUGCUUGUGGUUUUUAAAAUGAGUAUGAUCGGUCUGUCAGUUCAGGAGCUGAGCAUCUGUCCCAGAGGAUACCAAAUGGGGAAGGAAAAUUCCUCUUGCCUUGAUAUAGAUGAAUGUCUGGAAGGUGGAAUUCACAUUUGUAGCCAAAAUUGCUACAAUGUUCCAGGAUCCUUUAUCUGCUCUUGUAUGCCAGGCUAUUCCUUGGGUGAUGACAAGUGGUCUUGUCAUGGAAUCGAUCCUAUACCAUUCCUAGUUUUCAGCCAAGGAACUGCCAUCUAUAGAAUAGAUAUAGAAGGAACCAAUCACCAAAGACUUGUAGCUGAUGUUGGUUUAUCAGCAUUAAUUGAUUUCCAUUAUGAAGAAGAACAUCUUUAUUGGGUGGACAAGGAAAAACAUCUUCUCCAACGUAUACAUUUGGAUGGCUCAGAUCAAGAGACCAUUUGCUCCAUAAAAAAGGACGUUACUGGAUUUGCAAUAGAUUGGAUAAAUCGAGGCAUUUAUUUGGCUCACUCCCAAAUAAUUGAGGCAAUCAGCUUGGAUGGAAACCAUUCCCGAAUCCUUAUAAGGGACAAUCACAAUCCUACAAGUAUUGCAGUUGAUCCAAGUCAAAGGUUUUUAUUUUGGUCUACUGAAGGGACUUUUGAUAGCAUCUAUCGAGCAGAUCUGGAUGGGAAAAAGAGAUGGAGAGUUCUAAGGAGCACAGAAAAAAUCAAAACCAUUUCCCUGGACUUUAUCAAUGUGAAGCUGUUCUGGAUACAGCAUGAUGCCAUUAAUGAAAUUUCAUAUUUUGGAACCUGUGACUACAAUGGUCAUUUUAUCCAUCUAUACAGACAAAUGGGACGAAAUCAAGCUUAUGACAUAUUUCUCUUUGGUGACGAUAUGUACUAUUCUGACUCAAGGACUGGAACUAUUCGGAGAGCCAGUAAAUACACUGGAAAGGAUAUUGUUGUAAUUAACCUGCAACAACAAUUUCCUCAACCUACUGAGAUAGUGGUAGUACAUCCAUUAAAACAGAUUGGCAAAAGGAUGGAUUCUAAAGGACUUGAUGUCAAUGAAUGUGCAUUAUGGAAUCAUGGCUGUACUUUGGGCUGUGUGAAUGUUCCUGGAUCCUAUUAUUGCACAUGCCCAGAAGGUUUUAUUCUCUUGUCUGAUAAGAAAACAUGCUAUGAACUAAUUUCCUGUACAAGCAGUUAUAUUCACUGUAGCUAUGAUUGUGGACAAACACCUGAAGGGCCUAUUUGCUUUUGUCCUGAAGGAUCAGUUCUCCAAGUAGAUGGAAGAACAUGUACAGGUUGUACAUCUCCUGAUAAUGGUGGAUGUAGCCAGAUCUGUACAUCUCUGAGUCCAGCAACUUGGGAAUGUGGUUGUUUUCCUGGCUAUUAUCUCCAGGAGGACAAAAGACAUUGUGCUGCUUUAAGACCCAAGCCUUUUCUGUUGUUUGCAAACAGUCAAGAUAUCCGUAGCAUUGCUUUUGAUGGGACAGAAUACUCAAGUAUCCUUGCCUGGCAGAUGGGAGUAGUCUUAGCUCUGGACUAUGACCCGGUGGAAAAUAAGAUAUAUUUUGCCCAUACAGACCUGAAGUGGAUAGAGAGAUCUGAUCUGGAUGGCACCAAUCGUGAAAAAGUUGUUUGUGACGCAAGUGAGAGACCAGAAGGGUUAGCGCUGGAUUGGAUUAAUCGUAAAUUGUUCUGGACUGACCCGGGGAAAUCUAGCAUUGAAAGUAGUAAUCUAAAUGGAAUGCAGAGAAAAAUAAUCAUCCAGGAGAAGGAGUCUUAUCCUCAAGGAAUUGCUGUUCAUCCAUUUACCAAGGAACUGUUUUGGACAGACCUAGGGAUCAAGCCACAUAUUGAAAAGUCUACUUUGCAAGGCUCAGAGCGUGUCGUUAUAGCAAAUUCAGGCUUACUUUGGCCCAGUGGAAUAACUAUUGAUUACUCUGAUGACAAGUUGUACUGGUGUGAUGCAAAAAUGUCUGUUAUUGAAACUGCAAAUCUGGAUGGUUCUAGUCGGCGAAUACUUACACAGAAUGAUGUAGGCCACCCAUAUGGCAUAACAGUUUUUGAGGACCACAUUUGGUUAUCUGACUGGACUAGGCCUUCAUUACUGAGAAUAGACAAAAAAAAUGGCCUCAAGAAGGUACGCCUUGGAGGAAACAUGCUGAGGCCCUCUUCACUGCUUGUGGUUCAUCCUUUAGCCAAACCAGGCCGUAUCUCUACAUCCAAGGAAGAUGUGUCAGGAAAGAAAAUGUUUGCACUGGAAAUAUCCUUCCAGCGUCUUCUGAGUAACAGCGAAUAUGACAAUAGCAGCAAGGAUAACUGGGAGAAGCAACAGACACUGACUGCUGAAAUUGUGGUGUCUAACCAGGACGACUGUACAUCAUUGGGUUGUGAUCUCAAUUCCCAAUGCAUUGCACAUCAGAAUGGUGCUAUGUGUGAGUGCCAGAGAGGAUUCAUUAUGGAAGGUCAACUGUGCUAUGAUGUCGAUGAAUGCAUUCUUAACAAAGAACGGUGCAAUCAGAGCUGGUCAAGGUGUAUCAACACUGAAGGAAGCUACUUCUGUGAGUGCCUUUUGGGUUAUACUGAAGAUGGGCUUCAUUGUUCUGAAUCUGUCAUCACUCCUUCUAUUGCAACCCAGGAUGAAUCUACAUUAUCUGAACAAGAAGGUCCUAUGGAUUGCCCGUCAUCAUACUGUUUCCAUGAGGGAGUUUGCGUUUAUUUUUCAGAUCUGCAGACUUUUGCGUGCAACUGUGUGAAAGGCUACCUGGGAGAGCGCUGUCAGUUUAGUGAAUUGGAGUGGUGGGAACAGCAACGUGUGAUGCGCAUAAAGAAACAAAACAUUGUGACUGCUGCUUUCCUGGCCGUGCUGUUCUUGGUCCUCCUCCUGGGAGUGGGUGCCUUCUACUUUUACAGAAUAGAUCUUGGAAAAAUGGAUAGGGGAAAAAGGAAAAGUGAAAGAAAUAUGAGCGAUAAUAGAAUAAUUGCAGGAAUGGAAAGCAUGAAUAAAUACCUUUAUGAAAAUAUAUUGGAGAAAUUAAACUUGCAACAUUAUGAAUGGAAAGUGAGAAAAGAGGAUGUAAAAGCUGCUUGGAGCAUAGUGAAAGAAGUUUUGUAG